AUGAAGGCGUUUGUUACCGUCGGUUCUACAAGAUUUGAUGAACUUGUUUCUAGCGUCUUACAUGCUGAGACACAGUACCAGCUCUUACAGCAUGGAAUCACUCAAUUAAUUGUUCAAUUUGGAAACGGUAAAGAGGCUUUUGGAACUCCAAAACCUAUUAAAGGAAUUUCCAUAUCCGGAUUCGACUAUGCACCCGAAAUUGGAUCAUACAUUGACUCGUCUUCGAUUGUUAUUUCUCAUGCCGGUGCAGGUAGUAUUCUUCAAUGCUUGCGCGCUCAGAAGCCUCUCAUCGUUGUACCAAAUGAAUCUUUGAUGGAUAAUCAUCAGCUUGAGCUUGCAAAUAAGCUGGCUUCUUUGGAUUAUCUGAUAACAUGUUCUUAUAGAGAUCUUGCUCAGGGAGUUGAGGCCUUAUUCAGUACAAAGCUAAAGCCAUUUCCUGAGCCUGAAUAUUCUGCUUUCCGAAAUGUACUUAGUGAUGUUUUAAUUAACUAA